AUGGCGCUCACACCUGUCUUGUUCCUCCUGGCCUUGUGUCUCUCAAGCGUGGUGAGCAGCUCAUCUGCAGGCUCGCCACGCCGCAACUUCACCUCCAUGUUCACCCUUGGGCACUCGUACAUCGACACCGGCAACUUCGUGAUCAUGGCGGCGCUGGCGUUUGGGCUCCCGUUCCUCCCGGCUUGGCUUGCAAACAGCUCGGACGUCUCGCGGGGCGUCAACUUCGCCGUCGGCGGCGCGACGGCGAUCGACGUGGGCUUCUUCGAGAGGAACAAGCUGGUGCCGUUCAAGCUGCUGAACAACUCGCUGGACGUGCAGCUGGGCUGGUUCGAGGACCUCAGGCCGUCCCUUUGCAACGCCACGGAAAGGUCUUGUGGGGAAUGUUUCAGCAAAUCACUUUUGUUCGUCGGGGAGUUUGGGGUCAAUGACUACACCUUCAUCUGGAUGGCGAACAAAACCGAAUCCCAAGUGACGGCGUACGUGCCGAAAGUUGUGAGAACCAUCGCCUCGUCCGUCGAGAGGCUCAUCGUCCGCGACGGCGUGGCGCACGUGGUGGUGCCGGGGAACCCGCCGAUCGGGUGCUCGCCCGCGCUCCUCACCCUGCUCCGGCGGAGCCCCAGCACGGCGGCAGACUACGACCGCAUCGGCUGCCUGCGCGGCGUCAACGACGUGGCCAGGCACCACAACGCGCUGCUCCACGCGGCCGUGGGCGGGCUCAGGGCGAAGCACCCCAAGGCCACCAUCAUCUUCGCCGACUUCUACACCCCGGUCCGGCAAAUCCUGGAAAACCCCAGCCAAUUCGGUGUGGUCAGUGACGUUCUCAAGGCGUGCUGCGGUACCGGCGGCGCCUACAACUGGAACGCCAGCGCCGUGUGCGGGACGCCGGGGGUGGCCGCCUGCGCCAACCCGUCGGCGUACGUAAACUGUGACGGGGUGCACUUCACGGAGGCCGUCAACCGAUACGUCGCCGAGGGGUGGCUCUACGGGCCCUACGCUGACCCGCCGAUACUCAAAGCUAUGCGGCCCUAG